ACAUUGAUGACUCACAAACUCCAGAUAUUUACUUGUGCAGAUAUUUCGCAACCAAAACGUACAUAAGUACACGCACUUUCUCCAUUUUGUCAAAUCCACCUGUGCCAGAGUAAAAAGAAGAUGCCACUUUUUGGAAAGAAGAAAGACAACGAGAAAAAAUCUCCGCCUCAAGGCUACCCAACACAGCCAGCUUAUCCCACACAGAGUUAUCCAACACAGCCCUCCUAUAACCCAACAUACCAACAACAAGGUGCAGUUGGAGGUGCCCCACCACCAUACACAGCAGCACCCCCACCAGGUCAUGCAGUGCAAGGUCAAGGUCAACCACCUCAAUACCAGCCUCAAGGUCAAGGCCAACCAGCUCAGUACCAGCCUCAAUAUUACCAGCCUGCCCAUGGCCAGCAGCCCAUUUACCAACCACCAGCAUCUAUGGGACAAACUAUGGUAGUCCAAGGUGGCUUUGAUCCUGGUGCUAGGUUUGGGCCUGGGACAACUGCUAACAUCCCACCACCACCUCCUGGCUGUGCCCCAAAUGCUGCCCAAAUGGGAGCUAUACAAGGACAAAAUGUGAUUGUUACUCAAAGGGAAGGAAACUGGUUUUCAGGAGGCUCUGAUGGGGGCUACACAGUUUGGUAAAAUAUAUUUAUAGGCAUGAGGAGUGAAAAGACAAAGAAGAGGAGAGGGACAGUGAAUUCAGUUUUGGCUAUUUUUUAGCUUUUGUAUUUUAUUUUUUUAUGAGGAAAAGAUAGGAACUGGUGCAUUUUACA